AUGGAAACAACGCGCCGUCCUUAUUUAAGAUCACUAGCCCAUCGUGGGACAAUUCAAGGUGUGACGAUCUCGACAGCGUCCUCAUCUCAGGACCUGUGUCACUACUUCGGCGGUCUCCGCUAUGGACUGGCCCCCUCCCAGCGAUGGCGCCGUGCGACUCCCAUCCCCGCAUCUUUUACCUAUGGCAGCACAGAUGCGCCAGGUCGCUGUGACGGGGGCGCUGGGUUAUGUCCCCAGCCGGGCUUUUUGAAUCUAUCGCCCGAGAACCCAGAUGCCUGGAAUGAGGAUUGUUUCCAAUGUAAUGUGUGGACACCUCUCGGGGAGCCGCCGGCAGGAGGAUGGCCGGUGUUUGUUUAUAUUCAUGGCGGCUGGCUUCAGUUCGGCACCCCCAAUUCCUUCAACGCUGCUGCCCUGAUUGGGGAGGCGGGAUUCAAGGCCGUUGUGGUGAUGCCUGCGUAUCGAGUCAAUCUGUUCGGAUUCCUAUAUUCCGCGGAACUAGAACAAGAUGCAGCUUCGGUUGGGGAGACGGUUGGAAACCACGGAUUUUGGGAUCAGCGAUUAGCAUUGGAAUGGAUCAAGGAGAAUAUCAAUCUCUUCGGGGGCAACCCGAAUAACAUUACGAUUUCAGGGUAUUCAGCCGGUGCAAACUCCGUUUUCCACCAAUUGGCCUAUGACCUGCGUCAGCCAGAUGAAAAGUCUAUCAUCCGCCAGGCUUGCAUUUGGUCGAACAGUCCAGCCGUGCAGCCCAAGUAUCCUGCUGAAACGCAACAUCAGUUCGAUCAACUCCUCGCUGCACUGGACAUUCCGCUCUCUCUCCCCGCCAGUGAAAAGAUUGCCCGCCUCCGAGUCAUUCCCGCAAAGAAGCUCCUCGACACGGCGAAAACCAUCGAGGUUCAUCAAUUCCGACCCACGACAGAUGGCAGUUUCAUCUCGCCAUCCCUGUUCCAAUCUCUCGACAACGGCGAGUUUGCACGCAAGCUUCUUUCUCGAAAUGUGCGUAUCAUCAUCGGUGAAUGUGCCGAUGAACGAUUCCUCUAUAGUACUUGGUUCCCCCCACUGGCAGACACUCUGUCUGCACUCCGAACCCGUCUGAUUGCGGAUUACCCUGAGCAUAUUGUCGACGGUGUCAUUGCCCACUACUACCCUACCGGCCAGUUACCGAAAGACUGCAAGAACUGGGUAGAUGAUGCAUGGGGGAGGAUUUAUGCCGAUAUGCAGGUACACCAGAUGCAGCGGGGACUGGUCUACGCCCUGAGCCAUAAUUCAGGUGGCGUUGAUGCCUCUCGACAGGUAUAUCGGUACCGGAUCGAGUGGCGGGCGAAGUGUAUGGAUGCUGUUAUGCCUGUUGAGUGGGGAGUCACUCAUUCUUCUGAUUAUCCCGUUUGGUUUUUCGGGAAUGGGAAAUUCUUAGAGGAUGGGGAGAAGCGGAUUAUUCGGGAGUCUUUUAUUGGACCUUUGGGUCGGUUUAUUCAAGGGCCCGGGGAGUUUGGAUGGGGUACUUCUGGGGCUCGGCAGGUUCGGACGUUGCAGGGGAGUGGCAGUGUGGCGAUUCGAGAAGAUGGAGGUUUUGCUGCGGGAGUGAGGGUUUGGCAGCGACUGCGAGAUGUUGAUACUGGGAGGAUUGCUCGGCUGUAG